AUGGCGUCAACAGUAGUGGCACAAACAAGCGGCGGUCCACAAGAAACGUCUGCACACUCUUUGCAUCAUCAUAGCCAGCAAAAUCAGCAGCAACAACAGCACCAGCAACAUUCUGCAUCUAGCCAACAACAACAUCACCACCUACAACAACAUCAUCAGUUGUCAUCGUCGUCAGCGCUUGCCAGUCCACACUUGCACAACUCACAUCUGCAACACUUGAGUAGUUUGAGUCACCAUUACACGGCCCACGCCUAUCAAACACCCACAACUACAGCAUUCGUCCCCCCACACCAUCAACAAUAUCAACAUUACCCGGCAACAACACAACAGCAGCAUUCGCAAUCGUUGUACCACCCCCACCAGCAUCAACAAUAUCACCAACAGGGUCAGCAGCAACACUGGGACUAUUAUGCUAGGCAACCACCACCCAGUCAACAGCAGCCUCAGUCACAACAACAACAAACAGCCAGUGAAACAACCGCCAGUCAGCAGCAACAACAGCCCUUGCAGUCCUCUACGCCCACAAGUACCACAAAUAAUAACAGCACCAGCAACAACAAUGUGUCAACAACAACUUCUCAAACGUCAAAUGGUACAACAGGUGAUAACAACAAUACAAACAACAACGGCAACAGUAGCAGCAACAGCAACAACAACACAAAUACGACCAGCAAUAAUAACAACAACACCAAUGAUUCAGUAAGCUCUCAAACAAACGGAUCAAACAACUAUACCAGACCUUGGGAAAUGGAGUCCAAAGAUUCAAAUUCCAACUCCAAUUCCAAUCCGCCAGCAUCAGCUGCGACGCAACAACCAAAGAGUGGCUUUGAGCCAUUUUCAAAAUUGCCCUCCUUCUCAAGUCAGUUUUAUGGCUUUAAUGAACUAAUGGCCGACGGUACACCAAUACCGCCGCCAAACUCAGCCUCGGCAGCAGCAGCGGCUGCAGCUGCGUCGGCGCCCACAAAUCCCUCAUUGAACUCUCUACAAACAGUGGCCAUGUCACCGGCCAGUAUAUCAGUAAGUUCACCGGGCAUGGUGAGCGUGGGCUCGCCCCUAACCCAGUUGGCUAGUCUGCAAACGAGUAUAACACCGCCCUCUAGUGGAUUUGCGCCAUUGGGGGCGCCGCCUCCGCCAGUGCCGCCCAAUGCUUUUCAUCCGCACCACAGAGCCGCAACCUAUCCUCUGGUACCGGCAGCAUUGCCACCCAGUACUAGCGGCUAUACAGAUCCAUUGUUAUAUCAACCAUUGACACCGUCUUAUGCUCCCCCCACACCCAAUUCCCUGGUACCGCCCUCACUGCAAUCCUCAUCGUCGUCCACCACCAGCACCACUUUUGGAGGUGCCAAGAAGGACAAUUCGCUGUCGGCAUUUGAUCUCAACACAAAUUCGAAUGGCUCACUGUUGAGUGUGCCCACAUCAAAUACACCAAAUACCCUGGGCACGCCCAUGGGCAUGCAUACGCCCACACCGUCAUACGAUGGGGCCAGUAGUUCUUCAAUGAUGGAUAUUUCUAAUCAUGGCGUAGGUGGCGGUGGCAGCACAGCUGCCGGGUAUCAUACGCCGCAUUCUUCCCACACCAGUACUGGAUCUCAUACUCCGCACACAACCCAACCCCAUACGCCGACGCCCUCCACCACCACGCCCAUUAAAACGGAUAAAGUUCUAAAUUCGCCAGUGGCCAGAGUGGAUGCGCGUAAAAAAGAACGACGGAAAAAUCGGGCCAACUCGCUGGAGUCCAGUGCCGAGUCCGAGGCUAGUGCCAUGGAUGUGGACCCCAGCAAUCCCGGCCAAGUUGAUGCUGUCUCGAGUACUGCGAACUUUAAGAGUCCCAUUAGCUGUAUGGGUGUCAGUGAUAGCAAUGACGGAGCCGGUGAAAAACAAAUGUCUUCUAACAUUUUCCAGUCGAAAAAGAAACGCAAACGAUGUGGCGAAUGUAUCGGGUGUCAGCGUAAGGAUAACUGCGGCGAUUGUGCGCCAUGUCGCAACGACAAAAGUCAUCAAAUCUGCAAACAACGACGCUGCGAGAAACUCACCGAGAAAAAGGAACCCAAAGCCAAACAAGUUGUUUAUGGACCCGAUGGCCAACCCGUGCGUCCAGAGUCAAAACGUGGUCGCGGCAAAGGAAAAACUCCAGCUGGUAGUACAACACCAACAACAGGGACGCCAUCCCGCGGCCGUAAACCUUCUGCCAAAGCUGCAAAACUAAAUGCUGGCGCCACUGCAACAGCAACUGCGCACUCACCACGACAGGUUGUUGCCAAUUCAACGAUAAGUCCAGUUGGUGCUGCCGCAACAGGAACGGUCGGAGCAUCGCAUCCUUCGCCAAAUACAAAUACAACAAAUCCCAAUAGCCACAGCAACAACAACGCCGGCAAUACUAAUUUGCUAGCAGCAGGCCAGCAACAACAACAAUUGGGAGCAUUUGCAACAACAUCAACUGACAAGUAG